CUCUCUACAUAAAAUAAUUUACAGUCCAUGUUAACAUCAUCAUCACUGUCAAAAAUUACUAAUUUAUUCUAUCCUAAUUGGGUAUGACUCUGUUACUUUUGUCAUUACUUCUUUCACAUAGAUCCUGGAGUCAGAUCUUCACUUUCCUCUUUAGAUACGUAGCUUUUUACUCUCUCUUCUUAAUUGUUUUAUCAAUUCUUGAAGCUUAUUAUUGAAAGGUUUGCGUUUUAUGUUUUGAUUCUUAGUCUAACAAUUCUGGGUUGUUAUAUAAUUAGUAUGUGAUUUCUGGGGUUUUUGAUUUUUCAUUUAGAAAAAGUGGGUUUGUCUAAGUUAGGGAAUUUAGUUGAUGGGUUCAUGAUGAACUUUAAGUUUCAUUUUGGAAUAGAGAAUUGUUCUGUUUUUGCUUAGUUUUUUUGGUUGAUUUUUGUUUGAUGAUUUUGUUUGGGUUGUGUUGGAAUUCUGCAAUAAUUAAGCAAGUGAAUAGUUAGAAAGCUUUAGUUUUGAUCAAAAAAAGAAACUUCCAUUUUCUUUGCAUAAUUUUGGUCAGAGUUGAUUGCUUUUGGCUUGUUUUUAAUGCUAAUUUAAGCUCUCUUACCCUAGAUCUUAUUCUGAUUUAAAAACAAUUUGGGGGAAAUUUUUGAGCCAUCUUUAAGCAGCUGGGAUACUUAACUAUUUAAGUAAAGAUUUGUUGGAGUAACUAGCUGAUGGAAGUAGGAAUUUGUAUGUAAAUCAUUACUGGAUUUGGUAUUAGAAAAUGGGAAGCAACUCUAAGACUAUUGUUUGGUUUAGAAGAGAUUUAAGGAUUGAAGACAAUCCUGCUUUGGCUGCAGCAGCCAGAGAUGGUAGUAUCUUUCCUGUAUUCAUAUGGUGUCCUAAGGAAGAAGGGCAAUUCUACCCUGGCCGAGUUUCGAGGUGGUGGUUGAAGGAAUCCCUAGUCCAUUUGGAUCAGUCAUUGAGGUCACUAGGAGUCGAACUGGUGUUAAUUAAGGCGGAGAAUACUCUUGAUGCCAUGUUCGAAUGUAUAAAUGCCACUGGAGCGACUAAAGUCGUGUUUAAUCGACUUUAUGAUCCUGUCUCUCUUGUUCGUGAUCAUAACAUCAAGCAAAAACUUGGCGAGCAGAACAUUGCUGUCCAUAGCUACAAUGGAGAUUUGUUGUAUGAACCAUGGGAGGUGUAUGAUGAAAAAGGACAUGCUUUUACAACAUUUGCUCCUUUUUGGGACAAGUGCCUAAGCAUGCAGUUAGAUCCAGCUUCACUUCCUACCCCAUGGCGCCUUGUCCCAGCUGCAGGAUCUGUUAAGAGGUUUUCAAUUGAGGAAUUGGGUCUUGAGAAUGAAUCAGAAAAACCAAGCAACGCUUUGCUACGAAGAGCAUGGACCCCAGGUUGGACCAAUGCUAAUAAAGCCCUUGCAGAGUUUGUCGAGCAACAGCUACUGGAGUAUUCAAAGAACCGGGUAAAGGUUGGAGGGAAUUCAACAUCGCUGUUGUCCCCUUAUCUUCAUUUUGGGGAGCUGAGUGUAAGAAAAGUAUUCCAUUCUGUGCAAAUGAAACAGCUGUUGUGGGCAAAUGAAGGGAAUAGUUGUGGUUUAGAAAGUGCAAAAAUGUUUCUUAGGGCUAUCGGAUUCAGAGAAUAUUCUCGAUACCUUUGUUUUAACUUCCCUUUCACCCAUGAAAGACCCUUGCUGAGUAACUUGAAGUAUUUCCCUUGGAAUUCCGAUCAGGCACUUUUCAAAGCUUGGAGACAGGGUCAAACCGGGUAUCCGUUGGUUGAUGCAGGUAUGAGAGAGCUUUGGGCAACUGGGUGGACACACAACAGGAUGAGAGUGAUAGUUGCAACUUUCUGUGUCAAAGUUCUGCUGCUUCCUUGGAGAUGGGGAAUGAAAUACUUUUGGGAUACACUUUUGGAUGCGGAUUUAGAGUGUGAUAUUCUAGGUUGGCAGUAUAUCUCUGGGAGCUUGCCGGAUGGUCAUGAUCUUCACCGCCUUGAUGACCCAGAGCUUCAAGGUUCUAAAUAUGACCCAGAAGGGGAUUAUAUCCGCCAGUGGCUGCCAGAACUGGCAAGAAUGCCAACCGAGUGGAUUCAUCAUCCUUGGGAUGCACCUGCUUCAGUUCUUAAAUCGGCAGGAGUGGAACUGGGAUUCAAUUAUUCAAAACCAAUCAUUGACAUAGAAAAGGCUCAAGAAAAGCUAAUUGAGGCAAUUUGUCUAAUGCAAGGCAAGGCAGGAGCUGCAGAAACAAACGGAAACAGUGAAGUUGUAGUCGAUAAUUCUGAAAAUUUCAGAAAAUCAUCUAUUCCAAAGGUCAUCUUGAAGGAAAAUCCAACUUGCGUUUCAGCAUCAUCCCGUGAUCAACGUGUUCCCUCAAUGCAAAAUUUGAACAACAAUGUUUCGCCAAAUGGGAAGAGACCAAGAGUCAGCAUAGAAGAUGGAACACCUGAACCUAAUGUGAAGGCUUGCAACGGCAAUACUGAAGCAAUAAGUGUUCGUGAAGCAGACCUGUGCUCUACAGCUGAUUCAUCAUCAGCUAAGAGACAGGCAACAAGCAGUAGUUCUUCAUUGUGUGUCCCACAUACUUAUUCUGUAUCAUCAAAAGGCAAGGAUCUGUUUAAUUGUGAAUCUUCUGAUGCGAAGCACCCCUGGAAAGAACGCGGAUGAGGAGUAGAGUUCUUCAAGUCAGGAACUUUUAUGAGUAGCUUCUUUCAGAAUGAAUAGUCUCUCUUAAAGAGAAGACACAAACUUUGAUAAUCUUAAUUGCUUCCGCUUGCAAGUAUAGCUACGGGGUUCUGGAGUAGGCAUCGUAUGCACGUGAAGUCGCAAACUCUUACCCCUGUAAGUUAAUAGCCUUCUGUACUAGUAUUCUGUAGUCACUGUUUAUUAAGUCUAUGUCAAAAAUUAAACAAAUAAAAGGUAUUUAUAACUCAUAACAAAAGGUAAAAGAGGCGGAACCGAGUUCGAGUCAGGAUAGUUAGUAAUAUCGUAGUUUCCUUUCUGAAGAAUGUAUGAUUGUGUUGUUACAUGCAUCAGUUUAGUUAUUGUGAAAGUGUACUGCAUAAUUUAAAUCAUAACCAACUGGCUGUCUCAUUCAGUUCAUGUUAUUAUUGAAUUAAGGAUUAUAAUCUUGUUGUUA